UAGCACGCUUUGCCCGUAGCGUCUACUGAGGAAGUCAGAAUCUGAGCCAGCAUGAAGACUGAAUCUUGUCUUUGGUCUGAUUUAUAAACCAUACUUUUAUUCUAACCAUGUGCAAGGUGGAGGUUAUAGCAUGGAAACUAAAACCUUACUUCCUGCCUGACAUAACUCACUUCAAGAAGAGCACAAUGUCAGAACGUGGAAUUAAGUGGGCUUGUGAAUAUUGUACGUAUGAAAACUGGCCAUCUGCGAUCAAGUGUACUAUGUGUCGCGCCCAAAGACCAAGUGGAACAAUUAUUACAGAAGAUCCAUUUAAAAGUGGUUCAAGUGAUGUUGGUAGAGAUUGGGAUCCUUCUAGCACUGAAGGAGGAAGUAGUCCUUUGAUAUGUCCAGACUCUAGUGCAAGACCCAGGGUUAAGUCUUCGUACAGCAUGGAAAAUGCAAAUAAAUGGUCAUGCCACAUGUGCACCUAUUUGAACUGGCCAAGAGCAAUCAGAUGUACCCAGUGCUUAUCCCAGCGUAGGACCAGGAGUCCCACAGAAUCUCCUCAAUCCUCAGGAUCUGGUUCGAGACCAGUUGCUUUUUCUCUUGAUCCUUGCGAGGAAUACAAUGAUAGAAAUAAACCGAACACAAGGACCCAGCAUUGGACUUGUUCUAUUUGCACAUAUGAAAACUGGGCCAAGGCUAAAAAAUGUGUUGUUUGCGAUCAUCCCAGACCUAAUAAUAUUGAAGCAAUAGAGUUGGCAGAGACUGAAGAGGCUUCUUCAAUAAUAAAUGAGCAAGACCGAGCUCGGUGGAGGGGAAGCUGCAGCAGUGGGAAUAGCCAAAGAAGAUCGCCUCCCACUACGAAACGGGACUCUGAAAUGAAAAUGGAUUUUCAGAGGAUUGAAUUGGCUGGUGCUGUUGGCAGCAAGGAGGAACUUGAAGUGGACUUUAAAAAACUAAAACAAAUUAAAAACAGGAUGAAAAAGACUGAUUGGCUAUUCCUCAAUGCUUGUGUGGGGGUUGUAGAAGGUGACUUAGCUGCUAUAGAAGCGUACAAGUCAUCAGGCGGGGACAUCGCACGUCAGCUCACUGCAGACGAAGUGCGCCUCCUGAACCGCCCUUCUGCUUUUGAUGUUGGCUAUACUCUCGUACAUCUGGCUAUACGUUUCCAGAGGCAGGAUAUGCUAGCGAUACUGCUUACAGAGGUGUCUCAACAAGCAGCAAAGUGUAUUCCAGCAAUGGUGUGUCCUGAACUGACAGAGCAGAUCCGGCGAGAGAUAGCCGCCUCUCUUCAUCAGAGAAAGGGGGAUUUUGCUUGCUAUUUUCUAACUGACCUUGUUACAUUUACAUUGCCAGCAGGUAACUCCAAAUUUCAAUGUGAAAAGAAAUGUUCCCUUUAUUAUAAUUCUUUUUUUUUUAAUGUGUGAGUGAAACUGUUUCUGUUAGCAGAUAACUUAGCUACUAUGUGUGCAUUUUAAAUAAUUUGACUACCCUCUUGAUCCUGGAAGUGACCAGUACAGGGUUCCUCAUAAACUUAUGCUUUGGAUCUGGUAGGAAGAUAGCAGCUGAUAAUAACUGACUUCUAUGUGGGCCUUAGAUGUUUUAAAAAAUGUCUACCCAUUUAUUUUUCUCUUCAGGUUUAGUUUAUGAUAUCGGUAUACUUUUUCUUUCCUUUUUCAUACCUAUUUUAAAAUUAUGUGGCUUUGGUUAUUGGUAUAUUAGCAGAUAGGAUUAGAACGCUGGCUUUUGAUGGGUGGAAUCAGAUUAUUUGAAUCAAAAGACACUGGCAUUUUUUUGCAAGUGUCAUUAUGUUCUUCACUCAUUAUAUUAAUUUCUACUAUGUUUGUGAAGCAGCUUUUCAUUUUUCAAUUCAGUGACAAUCAGAAAUGUCUUCCAGGAUGCUUUUUGUCAUUUGGCACCGAAUAAAACGCACCAAACAUCAGAAGUUUCUAAAAUAAAGCUUCCAUCUUGGUUCUAAGUGUCUUGAACUUUUAUAUUGACAUGAACAGGGGAAUUUACAAAUGUUAGGGAGAUAAUAAC